UCUUCAAAUAGUGCUACUGUUGUUCUUCAACUUCUAUAUCAUCUCUCUCUUCCAUCCCUUCACUAGCCAACACACUAACUUGUCUCUCCAAUUAUGAAUCUUAGCUUAGGAUCCGAGGAAUUCUCAUAGCAAGGCGAAGAUACAACUGAUAAUUCGCAACGAGAAAUCUAACUCUGGUAGCUUGACAUGGCCAAAGGAGUUCGUCAAACCUUUCCAAAAAGCCUCACGUUCAUGUGCCUCGUCAUGCUUGUGUUCAAUCUUCGCUGCUCACAGUCACAUGGAGAUCAACAAGAACAAGAACUUCAGCUUCUGCUAUCCUUCAAAGCUUCCACCAAGGACCCACGUCUGUCUCUUUCGAACUGGCUCAAUUCUUCAACCACCUUCUGUAACUGGUACGGCCUCACCUGCGACCACAGCUCUUCUCACCUUAACUCCAUCCAACUCGCAGGUAAAAACAUGUCCGGCACGAUUUCCUCGUCCAUAUUUCAGCUCCCAAAUGUUAAUAAUAUUGACCUCUCCAGCAAUAAGUUCGCUGGGGAAAUUUCUUCCUCGUCGUUCCCUUCGUCUCCCUCGUCACUUCGUUACCUUAAUCUCAGCAACAACAACCUAACGGGCUCGUUGCCUCAGUUUUUAUUUUCUGUGUCGUUUUCCCGCCUGGAAUCCUUGGAUCUUUCAAACAACAUGUUUUCCGGGAUGAUUCCACAUCAGGUUGGUCUUCUUUCCAGUCUAAAAUAUCUUGAUGUCGGAGGGAACGUUCUGGUGGGAGGAAUUCCAAAUUCCAUCACCAACAUCACAGGUUUAGAAUACUUAACAUUGGCUUCGAACCAGUUGGUGGGUGAAAUCCCGCGUGACAUAGGUGUAAUGAAGAGCUUGAAGUGGAUUUACAUGGGUUACAACAAUCUCUCCGGUGAAAUCCCGAAGAGCAUAGGGAACUUACUGUCUCUGCAUCAUCUCGACCUUGUUUACAACAAUCUCACGGGAUUCAUUCCCGAGUCCCUUGGAAACCUCACCAAUCUUGAGUUUCUGUUCCUCUACAGAAACAACCUCAUGGGCCCGAUCCCCCCUUCCAUUUUCGACCUGAAAAAGCUUGUUUCGCUUGAUCUCAGUGAUAAUUCUCUAUGGGGAGAGAUUUCUGAACUUGUGAUUAAUCUUCAGAGACUGGAGAUCCUUCAGCUUUUCUCAAACAACUUUACCGGAAAGAUUCCGAGGGCUUUGACAGCUUUACCUCGGCUUCAAGUUCUUCAACUGUGGUCCAACAGAUUAACGGGCGAGAUUCCAAAAGAGCUGGGAAUGCAUAGCAACCUCACUGUUUUAGACCUUUCCACCAACCACCUUUCCGGAGAGAUCCCACAUCGCUUAUGUGACUCGAGCAAUCUUUACAAGCUUAUUCUUUUCUCCAACUCUCUUGAAGGACAAAUCCCACACAGUUUGAGCGCUUGUACAAGCCUACGCCGAGUACGCCUCCAGAACAACAAGCUAUCCGGCCAAUUACCCCCGGAAUUCACCAAACUGCCAGAGGUAUACUUGUUAGACAUGUCUGGCAAUAAACUUUCCGGGAGGAUUGAUGAUCGGAAGUGGGACAUGCCGGCGCUUCAGUUGCUGAAUUUGGCUAAAAACAAUUUCUCUGGAGAGUUACCCACCUCUUUCGGGAGUAAUGAACUGGAGAACCUGGACUUAUCGGAGAACCAGUUUUCUGGUUAUAUUCCACCUGGUGUGGGAAACUUAUCGGAGCUCGUGCAGUUGAAACUUAACAGAAACAAGCUGUCCGGUAACAUCCCAAAUGAACUUUGUUCGUGCAAGAAGCUUGUGUCUUUAGACCUCAGUCACAAUCAGCUUAGCGGGCAAAUACCGAUUAGUCUGGGAGAGAUGCCAGUUCUAGGGAUGCUUGAUCUGUCUGAAAACCAAUUGUGGGGUGAAAUUCCUGAAAAUUUAGGAAGCGCCGAAUCCCUCGUAGAACUCAACAUAUCCUACAACCAUUUUCACGGGAGGUUACCGUCCACAGGAGCUUUCCUUGCCAUCAAUAGCAGUGGCGUCGCUGGGAACGACCUUUGUGAUAGUGAUAUUGACAGUAGAAGCGGUUUGCCACCCUGCACCAAAAGAGAUGAUAAUAAGAAUCCAAUUUGGUGGUUUUUUCUGUUUGGGCUUGUAGGGUUCCCGCUUGUUGCUUUUCUCAUUGUCUUCAUACGCAGAAGACAGAACUCGGAGAUAACCACAAGGGCUGAAAAUGAAGACGGCACAUGGGAAAUGCGCUACUUUGACUCCAAGGCUUCAAAACUCAUCACCAUCCACGACGUAUUAUCUUCUGCAAAAGAAGGAGUUAUGAUCCCUAAAGGACGAAAAGAGACAAUCCAGUUCGAGGUGAAAGAGAUGAGCGACCUGAAUUGCUUUUCCGAAGACAUUGGUAAGCUUCGGCAUCCAAACAUCGUGAAGUUGAAGGGAAUAUGCAGGUGUGGGAAAGGUGGUUACUUGGUGUAUGAAUACGUGGAGGGAAAAUAUUUAAGCGAUGUCCUUGGGAGUUUAAGCUGGGAACGACGACGGAAUAUUGCACUUGGAAUUGCAAAAGCACUGAAGUAUUUGCAUGCUCAUGAUUCGCCGUUUGCUUUGGUCGGUGAGAUGUCACCGGAGAGAGUUCUGGUGGACGCAAAAGAUGUUCCUCGUCUCAUGUUGAGCCCUCUCAAGCCUUCCAUUUCUUCACCAUACGUUGCUCCUGAAUCGCGAAAUGGGAAGGAGGUGACAGAGAAGAGUGACAUAUACGGAGUCGGGGUGAUUCUGAUAGAAUUAUUGACGGGAAGAAGUUCAGUGGACGAAGAAGCGGGCAUGCAGCACGAGAGCAUAGUGGAAUGGGCCCGUUAUUGUUAUUCGGACUGUCAUCUGGAUACAUGGGUCGACCCGAUCAUGAAGGGCGGGAUUGCAUCAUCAGCUCAAAACGGCAUCGUUGAGGUCCUGAACCUGGCCCUCCAGUGCACAGCCACCGACCCCACAGCUAGGCCGAGCGCAAGCCACGUGUUCAAAACCUUAAACGCUGUGACAGCUUCCCCAUCGCCCUGUGUUUAACCUCCAUCCUCACCCUUCACAAGAAAUAUAUAUUUUGUUUGUGAUGUUACUCUUUGUUUUUUCCUUUUUUACUUGUUUUCGAUGAUGGAUUUUAACCUUUCUUUUUUUUGGUUAGUUUGAUGAAAGUUGUAGCUUCCCACAACUAAAAUGUUGAGCAACCAAGGGAUUGCUAGGAAGAUGUUUUUCUUUUCUAAAUUUGGGAUUCAAUGCUGAACUAGUGUAAAUCAUAAUAACAAUAUAAUAUCAUAAUUAUAUUGUCUCUGUUUAUUUUA